UAUAUUUAGCUUCAACAUUCAAUUUGAAACCUUAGUGUUAUCAAUGAUUUUUUUUUUGUCUCAAUUAAGUGCUUAUGUUUUUCUUUAUUAGAUCACAUGAUGUUGUGCCACAUGAUGUUGUUUAGUUUGGAUCUAAAUUGAGACAAAAAAAAUUUAGAUACCAAAUUGCAUUUUGAAGCUAAAUAUAAGUACCAAAUAAUAUAUUAUUCCUAUAUAUUAUUAUUAAUCCUAUUUUAAGUUUCCAUCAAUUCACAUUAUAUAGAUUACCUUAAACAUGAACUGAACCAAAAAUGCAGGUGAAUUCUACCAGAAAACUAUCACCAAAUCAUUCUUUUUACCCCACCAAUGCAAUUUCUCAUCUCAUUUAAACUAAAUUUCCUUGUAUUUUCUUCACUUCUUUCUUCAAUCUACGCCAAUUUUGCCGAUGAACAAAGGUAUAACAUCUGUACCAACGCAGCUAAUUACACCAACGGAUCCUUAUACAGCCGAAACAUAAACGCCACUCUAUUUUCCCUCACAAAUGCUUCCCUCACUGGCUUUGCCACCAACACGAUCGGCUUCGACCCUGAUACCGUCUUCGGACUCGUCCAAUGCCGACCCGACGUUGCCGGAAAUGAUUGCCGAGCAUGUAUCAACACUGCAUCUGAUGAAAUCACUCAGUUUUGUCCCAACAAGAAACAAGCUAUGAUCGGAUAUGAUAAUUGCUCGUUACGGUAUUCGGAUUUUCGAUUCUUUUCGAUGGCAACUAAUGAUCCGAUCGUUUACUAUAAAAACACAAUGAACGUAAAUGAUUCUAAUCUUUUUGACAAACAAUUGGCGAGCUUGUUUCAAAAUUUAUCAGUAUCUGCGGCAGCUAAUGAUACAAAAUUUGCUGUGGGUGCUAUUGGUUACUCGUUGUUUAGUGAUAUUUAUGGUAUGGUUCAGUGUAGUAGAGAUUUGCCUGAAAAUGAUUGCUUGAGUUGUUUGCAAGCGAUCAUUGGGUUUAUACCACAAUGUUGUGAUAAAAAACAAGGUGCUCGGAUUUUUACAAUGAGUUGUAGUCUUAGGUUUGAGUUAUAUGCAUUUUUUCAGACGUCGUCCCCGCCGAUUUUGGGGAUGUUGUCUCCGCCACCACCGCUGCCUGUCUCUACUGAUGAGCCAAGUUCGGUUCCAACCAGUUCUUCUGAUGGUAAGUUUUGUUAUUGUAUUUUGCCUUCUUUAAUCAAAAAAAUAAUAAAUUAGUUAUUGAAAUCAAAUAACAAA